AUGCUAGGUCAAACAACUUUAGAUUGGAUUGAUAAACGCUGUAAGCAAGCAACAGCCAAGUAUAACAAGGUUUUAGGUGGUCUUUCAAUGAUCUUAAUUGGUGAUCCUGGUCAACUGCCCCCAGUUGCAGAUAAGCCUUUGUAUCAUGCUCACCCUUCUAAUCCUAUUGGAGAACAAGGAUACCUGACAUAUAACAUGUUUGAUAAGGUUGUUAAGCUUACAGUAAAUCAAAGAGUUCAAGGCUCCUCUUAUGAACAACAACAAUUCAGGGAAUUAUUGUUAAGGCUUAGAAAAGGUGAAUCAACUCUUGAAGACUGGCAAUUGUUGCUAACUCGUCAACCUUCUAAUGUGGAUAAUAUUGCUGAUUUUAAUGAAGCUACCAGAUUAUUUUACAGUAAUGAAGAGGUUUCUUCGUAUAACUUUGAACAACUUAAAAAACUUCGGCAACCAUGUGCUAAUAUAAAUGCUCCUCAUUCAUCAGUUACAGCUAAAAAUUUACCAUCAGAUGAAAUGUCUGGCUUAGAACCAACAGUAUAUCUUGCUAAAGGAGCUAAAGUCAUGUUCACAAUGAAUCUUUGGGCAAGCGUUGGCCUUUGCAAUGGAGCAACAGGAACUAUUGUAGAUAUAAUAUAUGCAACUAACCAUCAACCACCUGAUUUACCUAUAGCUGUAAUAGUAAGGUUUGAUGACUAUAGAGGUCCUUCUUUUACUGUAGAUCAACCAUCAUAUGUACCUAUUGUUCCUAUCACAGUAUCCUCUCAGUCAGUUGAAGGUGUUCAUGAAAGGCAACAGCUUCCUCUCAAGCUUGCGUAUGCUCUCACUAUUCACAAAAGCCAAGGUCUUACAUUAAGUAAAGCAUGGGUAGAUAUUGGGAAAUCAGAAAAAACUCCUGGCAUAUCAUAUGYAGCCACAAGUAGAGUAAAAACUCUUUCAUCGUUGGUAAUUGAACAAAAUGGUAUUUCUGGGUACAUACACAAUGUUUCAGGGAUACAGCAGAAUGAUAAAAGAUUUCAGUGGUUUGACUGUGAGGUGCAAUUUGAAAAAGGAACUGUUAGAGCAGUUAGUUUUGACACCAGCACAACAGCCAGAGACAAAUUUGUUAAUGCUCCUAAAUCAAAGUCUCCUGUCAAGAUAACUCAAAGCCUAUUGAUAUUAUACUAA